CCUAACAUUUAUAAAAAAAUAUUUCAGUGAUGAUUUAGAUGUAGGAUAAAUUUAUGUGAUAUUUAAAUUCAACAUGGAGGCAAAAACUGUCGCUGACUUUUUUUAUCGAAGGUGGAGAAGGCAAGGAGCAGUAGAAGUUCACUGGAGAACGCUCGAUGACGCGUGUACUUUGCACGGGGAAGUUGACCAACUUAAAGUCGAAGACAUCGGAUUUCACAGGGAUUCGGACGAAAGCGUCGAUGAGGAAGAAUGUCCAGACGAGAAGAAAAAUUUCACGCUAGACAGCAGCGAGUCCGAGAUGUCAGAACCUAUACCGUUUAUCCAAUCGAAAAAACAUACGUUAAAAUAUCUCCCUCAAUUGGAAAAUACAGACAAUAUAUGGUAUACGGAGAAAGACGAACUGGUUAAAAAGCCAGAUAUUGAAAUUCAACAUGAGUCCGAGGAGAAAAAAAAAAUCAAGGCUCCACCAGCAGGUGCUAGUAUAACAUCUGCAGAAGAGGAACGAAAAAGCGAAGUAGAAAAGGUGAUAGAGAAAAAAGAAAGAUCAAUGUGGGAUGAAUUUUUACAAGAUGAAUGGAAAGAAUUAGAACCCUCAAGUGACCAACUAAUUAGAGAAGUAAAACAAAGAAGAACUUCUCUUCCAUUUAAGCCCACAGUGCAUCCCAGAACUUACAAAAAUUUUACUUCGAGAUAUGUGGAUUGGAUUCAAGCACCUCUGGAAUAUUAUGAGCCACUGUCAGUGUUACAAAAAAUAGCCGAAGAUUUUGAAUAUACAAAAUUGUUAGAUGCCGCAAGCAGAGUGCAAGACGAAUUGAAACAAAUAUGCUAUAUUGGAGCAUUUUCUGUAACUUCACUGGCCAUGUCUCCUUUUAGGACAGCUUGGCAAUUUAUUCCACUUCUCGGUGAAACAUAUGAGCUCGAUCGAACAGACGACUUAGGAUGGUAUCUGCUUUCAGAAUGCGUCUCGAUUAAACCUCCAAUAAUCGCUCAAUUUUGUGUCUCAAAAGAGUGGAUUUGUUUUCAACAAUUUUACUAUAAAGUUGUCUACUUAAGGGAUGAAUAUGUUGUAGCAAAACAACUUUCUGUUUACAACUUACACUUCAAAUCUACAGGGCGUCAUUAUACAUGGAAGAAAAGAAUAUCAUUUGUUUGCGAUGCAAUUGAAGGACAUUACUGUGUUCAUAAUAUUCAAAAUAUUGAUAUUGUUAAUAAUGAUAUAAAUCAUGUUUGUCAUGUUUUGCUCACCCCAUAUGAAAACUGGUUAGAAAAACAAGAAACGGUUAAAGGGGCAGUGGUGGAUGACGAAAAUACGGUUAGGUGGGUUUUUGACGGUUUAUGGAAUAUGAAAAUAGAAAUGGCACAAGUCAAAAUCCAGCCAGGUUGCUCAUUUGAUGUUAUCCUGUCACGACCGCUACUAUACCAAGGACCCCGGAAAGUCAUCUGGCAGUUAAAUCUUUUACCGCCAGAAUGUGAAAAUUUCUACAACUUCAGUUACUUUGCUUGUAAUCUAAAUGAAUUUGAUGCUACAGUACCUCCGACAGAUUCAAGAAGGAGAUCAGACAUAAGAACAUUCGAAGAUGGCAAUUGGUCCUUAUGUGAAAAAUUAACGAAACAUGUUCGACAAACUGACCCUUGUAGAUGUGUCGACAGACGACCCGUCAAGGAGUUGCUGUUUGAAAAAACAUUAUUUUUAGAUCAUGACCGUUUCCAGGAAGACUAUCAACACUCUAUUUGGUUUACGAAAACCAUGGUGCCAGUAGAAAAUACGUAUGAAGUUGAUGAUUGUAGUGAAGUGGAUGAUUACGUAUCACCUAAAUGGCAUAAAAGAAAGUAUAUUAAAAGAAAAAAAGAAGACAUGAAAUGUACUUAUACUGGCAAUUAUUAUUACCUAAAGUGGUUGCAAGAAUGGGAAUAUUCUCCAAUAUUUUAAGCUCACCUUUUGAUUUCAAAAUAAAUUGAUUGAAGUAAAACAGGAAACACACUU